UCAGUCUUACACAAUUCACAGCGCUUACCAUAGCACAUACCCUCCCCAGUGUCCACCACCCAGCCACCCCAUCCCUCCCACCCCCCACCUCUCCAGCAACCCUCAGUUUGUUUCCUGAGAUUAAGAAUCUCUUAUGGUUUGCCUCCCUCUCUGGUUUCAUCUUGUUUCAUUUUUCCCUCCCUUCCCCUAUGGUCCUCCAUCUUGUUUCUCAAAUUCCUCAUAUCAGUGAGAUCAUAUGAUAAUUGUCUUUCUCUGAUUGACUUAUUUUGCUUAGCAUAAUACCCUCUAGUUCCAUCCACGUCAUUGCAAAUGGCAAGAUUUCAUUUUUUGAUGGCUGCAUAAUAUCCCAUUGUAUAUAUAUACCACAUCUUCUUUAUCCAUUCAUCUGUUGAUGGACAUCUAGGCUCUUUCCAUAGUUUGGCUAUUGUGGACAUCCAGCAGCAUCUUCUAUUGAUCUUAGGGAUAUUCCUCCCCCCGCCCCUUCCCCGUUUUCUCACUGUGCCUCUGAAGCUUUCUGAUGCAAAUCCCGGUACUGAUUCUUUCUCCAACCAGCCAUUUUUCUUUAAAAGCAUUUCCCCUUCCACCAGCAGCUAGGUAAUGCCAAAUCUAGCAUCAGUAUCUGUGCCUUAAGGAUUAAACACCACUGAGGAAUCAGAAUAACUGCUCUGAAUUAGGGUUGUUACCGGGAGAGGUCUGCAUUGGAAAGACAGAGCUCAUAUCACCAAAGAACCUUCUGGGGCCACUUUCUCUUAUUCCCAACAUGGGGUCCAGAACUUUCUGGGCCUGUGAGACCAACAGCCCUCAUUGGUUUGGGGGGUGGUGGUGUGGAUCUGCCUCACAAUUAGCUAUCUGAGGCCUCACUCCAUGUCACAUUUUAGUAUCUGUUUGGCCAAUAAGACUGCAGCACACACACCAGCCUCAUUCCCUGCUUGGGCCUUACCUUUGAUGUCACAAUCUGACUUGUGGAUAUUAAUCUGGCCACAGCUGCUCACAAACCAGACGGCAAGGUCAAGAGGACCAGCACAGUAAGAUGUGGAAGAGAAUCGACCAUCAACCCAAGAUCAAAGCAGUGGAUGGACCUCAGGCAGGCCAGUUCAAGGAACUGGGUGCAGCUCGGGAACCUGCCAUGCCACACCCUCUAGAGCUGUCAGAAUUCCAGAGCUUCCCUGUGUUUGAGGAUAUUAGCCAUCACAUCAAAGAGGUGGGGGCCCAACUGGUAAAGAAAGUCAAUGCCAUCUUUCAGCUGGACAUCACCAAAGAUGGGAAGACCAUUCUGCAGUGGACCAUUGAUCUGAAGAAUGGCUCUGGGGACAUGUAUCCCGGAUCCGCCAGGCUUCCAGCAGACACUGUCUUCACAAUCCCGGAACCUAUCUUCAUGGAGUUGGUUUUGGGCAAAAUGAACCCUCAGAAGGCUUUCCUUGCUGGCAAGUUCAAAGUGAGCGGCAAAGUUCUGCUUGGCCAGAAGCUGGAGAGAGUUUUCAAAGACUGGGCUAAAUUUUAAGCAUGUAAAAUACCAAGGAAAUGAUCAUAACUUCUCUUCGGUUAUAAUGUUGAGCGGAAAUCAUGCUUAAACUGAAGAUUAAAACAAAAAAUAUCCAAUAUUUUUACUCAAAUUCUUCCUGUUCAGGUUUGAUUAAUUUUCCUGCUGAUGUGUUAAUUUUCAGUGAGGGUUCUAGAGCAGUAAAGAGUGUUGGAGUGUAUCACCUAAAAUCUUUGUCUUUUUCUUUUUUUAGAUUCAUGUAUGUUAUAAUAGCCACACAUAGAGAAAUGGGUGGUUUUGACAUUUGGAUUUAAAUGCUUUCAUGAUUGAGUUCCUGAGAAUUUUGUUUGUUUGUGCUUUGGGGAAAGAAGUGCCAACCAUCAUUGUGUUGGUUUGCAUUCCACUUGGUAACUUGGUUCUUCGAGAUUUUAAAUUUACAGAGCUCUAAGAGGGUGGCCUCCACAGCUAUGUGGGUGGAGCAAGGCAUAGAGGGGAUGAGCUCUUGGUGUAUCACGACUUCAGAUAGAUUUAAUUCUAAGAGAAUCCAGGGGCUUGGAAGAUGUUCUAGGCUACUGGAUCUUAAACUAGAGCAUGCAUCACAGCACCUGCGAGACAGGUAAAAGCCCAGAUCAGGAUUUCAGUGCCAUAGGUCUGGGCUGGGGAGAAUGUGCAUUUCUAACAAGUUCCCAGGUGAUGCUGAUGGGACCACCCCUGGAGAACCCCUGUCCUAGU